GUGGCAGAGGGCACAACUUUAUAAGCCCGUGUGCUUAGAUUUGUGUAUACAAAUCGUGGUAAGUUUAUUGUAAGGAAAAGCAAGAAAGCAGAACUGGAGCGACAUGGUAGGAUCUUCUUCCCAAACACAAUCAUUGGUUUCCACCAUGAACUCCGAUAACUUGGAUAAAGAACGUCUAGAUUUGAUGAAGAUCGAUCAAGAAGAUGACGAUAACAAUAAGAGCAACCAAGAUAUGAUCAGCGCUAAGAAGAAUAAGAAGAAUCGGGUGUUGCUGGAGGCGGUGGAUGAACUGAAGAGGACAAAGAGCUUAACCGGUGACGACCUAGACGAACUAAAAGGGUGUUUAGAUCUGGGGUUUGGCUUCAGCUACGACGAAAUUCCCGAGCUUUGCAACACCUUACCUGCACUUGAGCUGUGUUACUCUAUGUCUCCUACUAACACAUCUCCGGACACCACCGUCCCCAAUUGGAAGAUCUCUACUCCUGGUGACCAUCCAGAAGAUGUUAAAGCAAGGCUUAAAUUCUGGGCACAAGCUGUGGCCUGCACUGUCAAACUAUGCAACUAAAGGAUUCAAGAACAAUCAUUGGAAAAUUCUUAACGAUGAUCAUAUCAGCUACAUGAACCCUUACGUUCUGCCGAUCCAUGGCAGUUGGGGGGAUGAAAUUUCCUGCAAUUGUUGGAAAUGGACCAGCCAAAAAUCUAAACAUGGAUCAGGUUUGGGAUUAGACAAUGCUAGAACCAGUCUUGACUUAAUUCUGUGGGGAGUAGGACGUAUACUAUAUCUAUUGUAUCCAGUCUUCUAUGAACAAAAUAUUGCUUUUAUUAGCUUAUAUUCUCAGUUUCUCACUGCUACUAUGAUUAGUUGGUGUUUGAUAUAUGUAUGUAUAGCAAUGAGGUCCAACAGUGUGUUGGUUUUGUAUGCAGUUGUGUGAGCUUUACCAACUAGCUGGGGAACUCUGCAUUUGGUGAGGUAACAACCUAAUGCAUUCACAUCAUCUCAGCUUUGCCAACAAUAAACUCAUUUUAUCAAUAGAAGCAGGGAUGGAUCGAGAGGGCGGCACAGUCUUUAUUUCUAAAAGUUUCAAAUUAUCAUAUAUUUUUAAUAUUUUCCUUGUAUUUUUUAUUGUUUGUUUGUCUUUCAAGAUUUUUAUAAGUUCGUCCUCUAAUAUAAAAUCACGUGUCUUUCCUUGAAUAAACGAAUACUCGUAUAUUCUUAGUGGUGCUGUGAAGCAGUUGAGAGUUGAGAACGAGGAGAAAGAAAAAUAAGGGUGAGCAUGUAUCUCUUUCAAGUUUAUGAUUUGUCCCAUGUUCAUGUUCAUCGCUUCUA